AUGGCCGAUACCUCUAUCCAUAUCCGACGAGGACAUCCUAUCUUCUUUGGACUGUUAUUGUUCUUCGCUCUGAUCGAAGGAUGUAUCACAGCUUGGCUAGUGUCUCGAUAUAAUGACCAUGAUACCUACCCUUCCAACUCUAUUCGAGAUCGACUCAAGUUCUUGGUCUUCGUCUCAUGGUGGACUGUGUUCUUCUCAGCUGCUUACAUCGCCGCUUUCUACACCGCUUUCUUGUCUUUCGUAGCUUCCAUUGCCAGUCACCUGGCUUGGUUAGCCUUGACAUGGAUUUUCUGGCUCUCAUCCACCGCAGCAUUCACAGCCGCUCUUGGAGGAGGCCAACGAUGCGGUUCGUCUACCUUGACCUACUGCUCACAGAACGUAGCGGCAGAAGCUUUCGGAUGGAUCGAGACUAUCUUGAUCAGUUUCGGUCUCGGUGCGAUCUUGUUCAUUGGUAUUGGUGCGAUCAGGAGAGGUGAUAGGUUGAGCGGAGAGUUGGCGUAG